GGAGUCCAGAAGCGCAUUUUGGAUAUCAAUCCCAAAGCAGUGUUUGUGCCAUGUAACAAUCACUCGCUCAAUCUUGCCGGUGUGCAUUCAGUUGGUGUUGGAACAAAGUCUAUAACUUUCUUUAGUACUGUAGAAAAAUUAUAUACUUUCUUCUCAAGCUCCACCCAUAGAUGGGAUGUUCUUAAGGAACAUGUACCAAUUAACUUAAAGCGAUCAUGUGACACAAGAUGGAGUUCAAAGCAUGAAGCUGUAUGUGUACUUGCUAAACACACUGAUAAAAUAAUAGAUGCUUUGGAAAUGCUGCGAGACAGGCCAGGAGAAAACUUUGAAACCAAAGGGGAUGCAGGAAGUCUAUUAGUUUGCAUUAUGACUUAUCCUUUUUUUUCAUUCUUGCAUUUUUGGAGUCCAGUAUUAAACGAAGUGAAUGAUGCUCAGCUCUACCUGCAGCAAAAAGGACUUGCCCUUGAUCAAUGUGUGCAAAAGCUGAAAACACUGGUUUUAUUUUGCCAGGAAAAACGAGACAGUGUAGUGUUAGAGGCAACUGAGAAAGCUCUGCAGAUAUGUCAAAUGUACAACAUUUCUACAGAGAGAAGAGUUGGAAGACGUAAAAAGAUGCCUGGUGAGCUAAGUUGUGAUGCUGGCUUGACCUUAAUACAAGAAACAAGAAGAGAACAACUAGAAGCAAUUGAUCGUCUUAAAGCAGAAAUCACAAAACGCUCAACACAGAUGAAUAUGCUUCACCAGAGAUUUGCUUUCCUGCAAAUCCAGACUUUGCUAGAUAUUGAAAAAGAUGAUUUUAUCAUUGAACAAAUUGAGCACACAUGUGCUAAGUACACAGAGUUGAAUGCUGCAGCUAUGUUCAAUGAAAUAAAUCGCCUUCGGAAGCACAUUGUCUUGUAUAAGGAAGUCAACACUGAUGAGCAGCCUACUAACUGGAUCGCUUUAGAUUUGCUUCGAUGGGUGUACAAGUGGAAGCUGCAGGAGAGUUUGACUAACUUUGUUGUUGCAUUAAGAAUAUUUUUAACCAUCACUGUUUCAACUGCCAGUUGUGAAAGAAGUUUCUCCAAACUGAAAUUAAUAAAAACAUAUCUAAGAUCUACAAUGAGCCAGGAAAGAUUGACUAAUCUAGCAAUGCUUUCAAUCGAGCGAGAUUUCAAAAUAGAGUUUGAAACCGUAAUUGAAAAAUUUGCAAAAAUCAAAAGCAGGCGAUUUUAAAUUGAGGUUCUGGCCUGCUUCUUGUUUUACUUCUUGUUUUACUACAAAGAAAUUCAGCGGCAGUUAAGAGUUUAUCUGUUAUCAGGAUGUUGCACAGUACAGCAGUGCCAUGAGGUUCUGGCCGGCUUCUUGUUUUGCUACAAACCAAUCCAGUGUCAGAUCAGAGUUUCUGUUAUCAGGAUGUUGCACAGUACAGCAGUGCCAUGACAGUAACUGGCAGUAGGAAUCUAAGCACAAGGCUUUCUAUGGAUCAGGGACUGUGUAGAGAUGUGUUCUGGACUUAUGGGAACAGAUCAAGAUGAAACUGGAUAUCAGUGUCCAUUAUGUAUGGUAUGUAAAGCCAUAUGGAACCCUGUAUUUUAUGAGAUCCUGCAAUAAAUUGCGGUAUAUGUCUCUUUUAUAGUAUUAGUGGUAAUAUUGGUCUUGGUAUGCCUGUGGGGCGUCAUUCUAUAAAAAGGCGCAUGCACAAAAGUUAGGGGGCGCCAUACUAGGUUCGCCCCGGGUGCUGACAACACACGCUACGCCACUGCCCUGGGCUAAUCUUCUAUUUUGGCUGGAAUGCAGUUGGUCCCAAAUAGCAUUACCAUUUUUCAUAACAAAUAUGGCAAACUUUGUGAGCAAUGCCUGCUUAGUUUAGAAAGAAUAUGGGACUUAUAUUCUAGCCGUACAGAUAACAGGACAAGGCUUAGAGAAUAAGAAUUUGACUAUAAUGAUAAUUGUGUGUAAUAAUUGUCUUUGUGUUUCUUUUUCAGGAGCCACUAAAGGCAGCUUAGUCAAGCUGGUUAAAGACUAAUGUUUUUGUUUUGUUCACAGGUUUUAGGUGGAGUGGUCCUGACUAAAUUUAGUUAAGCAUUAGUUAGAUCAAUUUAAAAAGGUCUUCAUAGUCACCACGUGGUAUCAUGAGCUCAAUAAUUAGUAAUUGUUUGCAAACAAUUAAAUAACAGUCAGGCAUUUGUUGGUUAAAACAGUCAUGUAUACUGUACCUUUGUGAUGUGAAUGUAUUUUUUUGUCGCCCCCCCCCCCCCAUGACCUUUUGUGUUUUAGGUGUAAAUAGCAUUUGCUCUUUCAAUGGACCUCACAGGAAGAUGUCUUUGUUCACACACCAGAACAAAAGUUGAGUUGGGAGAUGGUGUUAGUAUCUGUCUGACUGCGAUGUGUUAAGGGACAGCAGAAUUAAUUUUUUCAUAUGUGAUUUUUUUUUUCUACCUGUGCAUUUGUUUUCCUUGUUAACAUUUUUAAAUUAACAUUUUUUUUUUUUUUUUAAGUAUUUUGUAAUUUAUGUUUAUAUAUACAGACCUACUGCUUGGGUAGGCACUAAACUUUAAAGUUGUUUACCAGAUUGGUCAUUUUUUAGUUAGUAUGGUACCAGUGUAGUAUGGUACCAAAUGGGGGAAUGUGUUUGAAAGAAUUAUAGGUCACACUAAGAGGCCAUGUUUUUUGUUUUGGUUUUUGUGUGGUUUACAAAUACCCCCCUGCUAGGAUGGAUUUAGAUUACCGUCUGGUCUGAACCUAGGCAUAUUAGUGAGGUUACAUGUAGGUGUAGAAAGGUAUUGACUGCUAAGAAUAAUGAUACUGCUCUUGAUUUUUAUUUCCAGGAUCCGUAAUGAGGCAAAAUAACAUAUCCAAAUUUGGGACCCUGGAGAAGUACCAGCAGCCCAAUAUUGUGGUGGCAAUUGGACUACAUCUUACACAUAGUUAUUGAUAGAUCUUAUACACUGCUUAACAAAAAAGAGUGACUGGGAUUUUGGGAGAGGUGUGGAAGAUUAUUUGAAACAAGAUGACAGUGCCCGAUUUAAAUGCGCACAGACAUCAGCUAGAAGUCUACAUGGGGGAAGGCCUCCCAUGGACAAUAGAAGAACACAUAUGGUUGUUUUGCAUAAAUUCACCAUAUUGCUGAGUUCUUUUUGUUUUCUUGUUUCCUCUUACUUGCAGGAUUAAAUCAGUGAGUGGAAAAUGAAGGAAGCAGAAGUUCCUAUCAAUAUAUAAGCCAUACUGAAGUUCUAAAAACUAAUUGUCAGUAGUCUGAUAUGGCCAUGUCUAUUCAAUCUUCAGGCACAUCUUUGAGCCUUUGAAUAGCCAGAUAAUAGGUCUCUUGCAGCACCUAUUAUACAGGGGUAAGAAGGUGGGAUGACCAACAAGAAAAAUCAUUCGGCCUUCUGGAAAUUAUUAAUGUGUAUGCCAGACAUUUGUAGCAUGUGGUUGGUGGUUAAUUUACUCAAACGGUGUACUCGAUUAUCAUGAAUGAGGCCUGAAUUUUUACAUGUAUAGUUUAAAACCAUGCAGAGUAUGGCAUUAUGGUUAACAGUCCAAGGUUUCACUUUAUGCUUAUUGGCCAAUAUAGAGCACAACGUACAUUAGAAUCACCUGUAUUAGACAUAUAUACAUCUACCAUGUAUCUUUUUAUUUUUAUAUUUGUAUUGUAUGAGAUCUUGUGAGAAGUAGAAUUCAGCUUGAUUGGACUUUUGCAAAUGCACAGACUGUCACAUAUUGCUAAAGUGGGCUUGCCCAUAUUCCAGCUAUAUAAGGCAGCUGACGAGCAAGACUAGUUGGUAGUGAAAUGACAAUCUGGUUACAGGAUCAAGUCAAUUAGCAUGGUGUAAUGUUAUAUACUGCAUGUGAUAUCAAUGUAGGAUAUGUAGAUUUUCCUGUGAUUAUCAUGAGGGAUAUUGGUGACUUGUUAUUUAUUUAUUAAUAUCCAUAAUGAAUAGUGUGUGACUGUUGAAUGAAUGGGUUCCUGUUCUGUCUAUGCCUGCCCAUGUUGACGAAGAAACUGUUUCCGAAGAAAGGCCACAAUGCUGGAAAGGUUGCAGGACUGGAGUAAUGCAGAUAUCAAGUUCCUAUGGUUAUUUUUUUGAUUGUGUGUGCCAAUAGGCACAAGACCAGGGAAUGUUGGAACUGAUAAAAUUGACAUCUAUGAUACAGCUUUAAUGCAAAGAUGUUCCUUAAUAUCUUGAACUGAAUCAGCCCGGGUCUGCUUGAUAUGCAAAUGAGGACAAUCAAAGGGUUCUUGGGGCAGGACACUGAUGAAAGGAAGAUCUGCCAGGACUGUCACAUCCUGGGGAAAGCCCGACCCCCUGCUGGUAUUUACUGCCCACACCUGUGUCAGCAAGGACAUAUAUGCUGGGAUGGGGGCAGGGGUAUAUGAUACAACUUUCUUCCUGUGUAAUUACCUGCACCAACCUAACUCACAAGUAAGAGCAAUGGUGACCUUGGUGACCUCUGGGACAAGACAAGUCUUCCUGGACUCUACAAUCAAGAAUGUGAUUCGCUGAGACCUGCUGGAGAGGAGUGUUCUGAGUACAGAAGAAAAGCCCAUGGCAUGUGUGACUGAGAGAGAGAAUGGUGUAGCUAGCUCAAGGAUCCUGACCCCCUCCAAUCCCCUCUCCCAUUCCCUUAUUUGUAUUUAGAAUGUAGAUAUAUCCCUAUUUGUAAAUAAAUCCAACACUGAGUUAAGAUAUAGUUGUUCUUCAGUAAUUUAAGGCACCUGCCAAGCAAAACACAUUCUACAUUUGGCACCCCAGAUGGAGUGUGGAAAUUCCUAAAUCCACAUAGAACCUAUAAGACGAAAUUGCUCUAAUUCAAAUUGCUGAAAGAACAGACCAGACCUGUUGCACAGAUUCCGUGGUGAAGUAAUUUAAGGCACCCGCCAAGCAGAACACAUUCUACAAAGAAUAUCAAGGAAAGAGGUUCAAUUCUUGCUAAGAAGGCUUCAGGGCGUCCAAGAAAGUCCAGCAAGCGCCAGGA